ACUAACAUUUCUCUACUGUCCAAUAAACACCCACACCCAAUACUCACACUAUCACACAAACAUUGUGUUGGAGCAGUUGGAAACAAAAACUUUUAAAAUAAUUUAAAAAAAAGGAAAAAGAAAAAGAAAAAGAAAAAGAAAGUCUUCAUUAUUCAUCCCUCUCAACUUGGGUGCCACGUGUCAACAACCAAUUUCCAAGAAGACUCCUUCCUCUCUUACAAGUUACAACACUUUGCAUUCAUAAUCUUUUUGAGUUUUAAGUGUUGAAAACAACGCUGCAACCUCUCUGUUUUCCAUUCUCAUUCUGCAACUCUCAUCACUUCAAUAAACUUAAAUCCACACCUCAUUUCCUUCAAAACCCCCAAUUCUCCAACAUGCUCAGACUCCUCCACAAGACACUCCUCCGCCGCCUCCGGUGGACGAUCCGCCGCCGGUCAAGUCCCAAGGUCCUCAUCAAGAAGUUUGGGAAAUCCAAUUGCCAACAUCAAAAUGAUCAUCAGUCGAGCACCAUUAAUGGGUCUUCUGCAACUGUUUUUCCCAACAAUGAUCAUCAACAAUUGAGCGGUCUCAAAUCUAUACGUUUAGCAACAUUUAAUGCUGCCCUCUUCUCCAUGGCACCCGCAGUGCCUAACAAGUCAAAGAAUCUUGACUAUGAAGAAGAAAAUGAUUUUGGAAAAGCCGAUAAUGUCAAAUUAAGAGCCAAGUCCAUGAAUAAUCAUCGCUGUCGUCCGAAGAGUAUACUAAAACAAUCUACUCUGCAUCCGAUGAAUGGCACAGACAACCAGAAUCAAAAUCCCACAAAGCAACAAAAGUUUGCAAAAUCAAAGCUGAGGGUGUCGAUCAAUUUACCAGACAAUGAGAUUUCAUUGCUGAGAGGUAAGGCUCCCAUGAGAAGAGCAGCAAGCAGUGUAGGGUUUUCCAGGGAGAGACAAGACGUGUUUGGUGGUGAUGGAGAUCGGUUUAGGAGUACAAGGACAGUUGUUGAAGUGUUGAGAGAGUUGGAUGCUGAUAUUUUGGCUCUGCAAGAUGUGAAAGCAGAGGAAGAGAAAGCUAUGGAGCCUUUAUCAGAUUUGGCCGCUGCUUUGGGGAUGAAUUAUGUGUUUGCAGAAAGUUGGGCUCCUGAGUAUGGCAAUGCUGUGCUCUCUAAGUGGCCGAUUAAGCGAUGGGAGGCGCAGAAAAUCUUCGACUACACCGAUUUCAGGAAUGUCCUUAAGGCCACAAUUGAUGUCCCACAAGUAGGAGAAGUCAAUUUCAACUGCACUCACCUUGAUCAUCUUGAUGAGAACUGGAGAAUGAAGCAGAUUAAUGCAAUCAUCCAAUCCAACGACGGUCCUCACAUUUUGGCCGGCGGUCUCAAUUCCCUCGAUGAAUCUGACUACUCCUCGGAGCGAUGGACUAACAUCGUAAAGUAUUAUGAGGAGAUAGGGAAGCCAACACCAAAGGUUGAAGUGAUGAGGUUCUUGAAGAGCAAGCAAUACACUGAUUCUAAGGAAUUUGCAGGGGAAUGUGAACCAGUAGUCAUGAUAGCCAAAGGCCAAAGUGUGCAAGGGACAUGCAAGUAUGGGACAAGAGUGGAUUACAUAGUGGCAUCCCCGAAUUCCCCAUACAAGUUUGUUCCAGGGUCAUACUCAGUGCUUUCUUCAAAAGGGACUUCUGAUCAUCACAUUGUGAAAGUUGAUGUAGUAAAAUUAGCAGACGAAAACAACAACAACAACAAUGCUCAAGAAAAUGUGACCAGAAAGCGAAAGCAACCGAGACAGAAAGUUGUAAAGAUAACAAACAACUCCUCUUCAUCAUCAAAAGGUAUUUGGAAAACAACAAGAUGACACAGACAGACUUGUAUUUUUUUUCCCCUUCUUCUUCUUGUUCAUUUUCCACCUCUUCAUCAUCAAAGUAUCACACUGCCCCUAAAGCAACAUUUUUAGGUCAUGUAGAUCUAUGACAAUGUUAACAUGCAGUCAAUCUAAAAUCUUUAUUAUGAAA